AGAGAGAGAGAGAGAGAGAGAGAGAGAGAGAGAGAGAAAGAGGGGGGGCUAGUAGAUGUAGCUCUAGCUGUGGGCCGGGGGGUGAGCUACCUAGCCCGGGCUGCUCUGCCGAAACAUCCAUGGGUGGCUGUGUCGGGAGCCACCACGACUCCUCGGGCAGCUUAAACGAGAACUCGGACGGCACUGGAGUGGCUCUAGGGCGGAACCAGCCCCUGAAGAGAGAGCGGCCUAAAUGGAAAAGUGACUACCCGAUGACUGAAGGCCAGCUGCGCAGCAAGAGAGAUGAGUUCUGGGAUACGGCGCCAGCAUUCGAGGGCCGGAAGGAGAUCUGGGAUGCACUGCGGGCUGCGGCCAGCGCCUUUGAGAUCAAUGACCACCUGCUGGCUCAGGCCAUCCUUGACGGGGCCAGCAUCACACUGCCGCACGGAGCUCUGACUGAAUGUUAUGAUGAACUGGGGAAUCGAUACCAGCUGCCAGUCUACUGCCUCUCUCCUCCCGUCAACAUGAUUGAAGAGCGCUCUGACGAGCCUGACGGUUCAGAUCCAGACUCCGGGGCCGCAGACCCGUCCACAGGCAGCGCCAGCGACGCCGCCUCAGGAGGGGAGUGCCAGCUUCGGCUCCGGCUUUCAACGGGUCGCGACCUCCGGCUGGCGGUCCGUUCCACGGACACAGUGGGUAUGAUGAAGCGUCGUCUACAUAGUCAGGAGGGCGUGCCUGCAGCAACCCAACGCUGGUUUUUCUCAGGUCGGCCACUGACGGACAGGCUGCGCUUGGACCAACUCAACAUCUCCAGGGACUACGUGGUGCAGGUCAUCCUCAGCCAGCCGCCACAGCCAGAGCCGGUGUUAACACCAGGACACACACCAGAGGCCUCUGGGCCAGUGAUGGUGGAAGGAGUGGCUGCACUGCCGCAAGAGCCCACGCCGGUGGAGAAUUAACUCGCCCCAACAUGGCAGCCUGGAGGUGGGCGUACCAGCGGGCUGGGAGUGUAAAAGAAGGAGGAUAACAAGGGAGAAAGUUGAUUCUGACUUUUUUCUUUUGGUCUCUUCUCUUCUUGUCUCUUCUCUUGUCUCCUCUUCUCUUGUCUCCUCUUCUCUUUUGGUUUCUUCUCUUCUUGUCUCUUCUCUUUUCUUUUGGUCUCUUCUCUGCU